AUGUCUACCGCGAGCUCAGAGACGGGUGUGCUUUUACCCAAUGGCUGUCGUAUCACCCACGGCCAUGGAGCGAACGUCAAGAAGCCCUUCCCGGACAUUAUGCCUGGCCUAAACAUGCAUGAGUUGACGGCCUCAAGCAAGACUGCAUUCAAAGGUCAGCUGGGAUACAUCGAGUUCGACACCGACAUUCGGUUACCACGACAUAUUCACAUAGACGCCUCGAAGCAGAAACUGACCGAUGAGCUAUCAUGGUCCUGCAUGACGUUGGUCUGGUCGAGAUCGCUGGCGAGAUCUUUGCAGUUGCUCCUGGGUCACUAG